AAGUGCAAACACAUUCCGGAUUACACAUUCGAUUAGUAUUCUAACGAUGAGCGAAUAUAAACGCGCCUUUAAUUUCGUUGUACGCGCCAUCGCCGCUGUCAGCCUCUUGAUCGUUAUGGCCGCCUUCCACCAACAGGACGACGAUGCUGGAUCCCACUAUAUACAUCCCAGAAGAGUCAUGCAGUGAAACGUGCCAGCUAAAACUAGACCUAAGUGUAUAUUGUAUAUAUAGCUACGACUUAAGUAUUUAUCGCAUAUUAAUUUUGCAAAUAAGCAAUCAGUUAACAUAAAUCAAAUUACAAUAAAUAAAUGGAAUUAAAGGUUUA